GUAUAAAUGCCAUAGCUCAGCCAAACUUAAACGCGUAAAGUGGAUACUUUGGAUGUGUUUCAUUAUUUGAUAGACAUAUGUCAUUCGUAUAAACGUGUGUAUUACUCACUAAGCAUUCUCUUACCCUUACUGCGAUAUGGACAGACUGCAUAAUAUCGUAAAACAAAUAGACAAAAACGACGAGAAUGUGAAUGUUCUCCUCACAGCUAUCAGAAAUCUCGGACAGCAACUGCAAAGUCUCCAGCAACACGCUGCUUCGUUUGACGAGAGUCAGUAUAAUUCCUCUGCAACGCAGCUUCAAGCCGAGUUAGAGGGUUCUAUACCACGUAUACAAGACAAUUUGGUACAAAACGAUAACCUUAUACAACGCAUGAUGGAUUUGUUCUUCGAGUUGGAUGCUGGACCACAUCUUGACAAGUUGUCGACCGAAUUUGGGAACUACCAGCAAGUUCAUUUGGAAAAACGCGACCUUAUCGACGGAUACAAUCAUGAGGAAAUCACAUUAGAGACAUUGGUUGCCAGUUGGCCACAGGAUAACUCCAUCAAGCAGCUAUCAAGUGAGAUCGACGAACUCUCAGCCUUAUUCGCAAGUUCAGGAUUAUAAGCGUGAAAAAUUACAACAUAACAAGACAUCAGAUUAAGAAUCCUCUAAUUGCACCACCAACGUUAGCGCUCGGGAUCACCAGACUUCCUCAGACUGUCAGCUAACUCCCUCUGCUGGUCGAAUGGGAAGAGAAUGUCACUGUGUACACCUAUAAUGAGCACUGGUAUCUUAGACAAUCGUGUCAGCCCCUCUGUCAAAUCUUGGGCGUAUGGUACGGUAGGUGCUGUGGAGAUGUAUGGCUUGAGGUUUUUGAUUUUAACACUGUCGAGUGAUGGUGGUUCCAUAGAGUGUGACGUCGUUGAUCCUAAUAGUUUCUUAUCGAUGAGAUGUGCGUUCCUCAGACGACGCUCAUGGAUAUCCAUCAAAGCUGGUUUCGUCAUGUCAAACAAAUCCAUCGCUUUGGAGACAUAUAUGAGUGAAUUAGCAUCAUAUUUCAAGCAAAAUUGCUCUCCCUUAGAUCUUUCGUUAGUUGUUUUCGUCUUUUUUUGCUUAUCCCAGACGCACCUGAUGGUCCAAGUAGGUCUCUAUGAGGAAAUCUGGACACAAUUUUGGUGCGUCGCCUGGAUUAUUGACAUUUGUUGCCAUUUCUUCCUCGGAUAAAGGUGUAACUCUCCUCUUCCUACCAAAUCUUUGCUCCCAUUCAGGGCCAGAUCUGUAUGUGAUUGUUGCAAUCUGUCUGGCCAUUUUCAUACCCGUGUGUGGUGGCAGACCAUCGUAAUAAAAACCUCUAUUCCAAUUUGGAUCGGACAUGAGACAGCUCCUCUGAGCGAAACGCAUAGCCACGGCGGUAGAACCAGAUCUAGCAGUACCAGAGAUGCUUAUUAUAGAUCCAACGCGUUCUGGUUCAAGAUGGGCAGCAGCUAUGGAUUGCAUACCUCCCAUAGAACAACCUGCAGAGGCGUACAGCUUGUCAAUACCAAGACUGUCGAUCAAUCUCCACUGUGCUCUAACCAUAUCGAACUGUGUGACAAUUGGGAAACGAGUACCAUACGGUUUGUUGUCAUCUGGAUGAGGUGAUGAUGGGCCUGUCGAUCCAUAACACCCACCGAGAACGUUAGUACAGAUUACAAAGAAUCUAUUAGUAUCUAUGGCGAAUUCCGGACCAGGGCCGAUGAAUUUCUCCCACCAGCCGGGUGUCUCAUUCCCUGGAUGCGAUUUCGCGUGUGAGGAUGCACUCAAACCUGUGUGUAGAAGGAUUGCGUUGGAUUUGUCACUGUUGAGAGUACCCCAUGUUUCAUAUGCUAUGUCGAAUCGUGGGAGCACACCUCCGAAAUCUAACAACAAAGGAUCGUCGGAUGUGAAUGUCUGAUAAGUGGCUGGUGUAGGUGUAGCAUAGACAGGUUCUGGACCUUCACCUUCUACGUCUUCUAUCUUGACGCUGCGCAUGAAUGGCAGUUUAUUGGUCUGUGAGGCCAACUUUGCAGCUCUCGAUUCGUUAGCAUCGACGCAAGGGAAGGAAGGAGCGUCUGGAUGGGUGCGUGGAAUAGAAGAACUAGUGCAUCUAACGAAUUGUUGCUUAUUUAGUUGAUUUCUCGCUAUUCUUGCUAUUUUCAGCAUCCG